AAUAAAUAUGCAAGUUGACGAAACUAAUGAUACGGUAACACAGAUUAAUGAUAGCGAUGUGCAAUAACAGUUGAAGGAGGCAGAGAACAACCAACAAGACAAUUAGCAAGAGGUUUUAGAAUAACAGAGUCUUGGAUAAUAAUAGGAAUCAAAUGAAUAUCUCUUGAGACAAAUCGAUGAUGAUGAACCUGUAUCACAAAUAUAUGAGAUAGAUAUUCAUCCUAGUGAGCAAUCCUUCAGAAGUUAAGUCUUCUUCGAUGAAUAAAUACCUUGUUUACACAGUGAAGGGCAAAGAUGCCAUGGGGAAUUUUGAAGUCCAGAGGAGAUUCAAUGAGUUCUACACAUUGAGAGAAACAUUAUUACAAAUUUGGCCAGGUUUGUACAUACCACCUUUGCCAGAUAAAUUAGUAAAUCCAACAGGGGAUCAAUUAUUAGAGAGAGUUAGAUUAUUGAAUAUCUUUGUGAUGAAGAUGGCACAGAUAAAGUAUUUAUACUAUUCGGAGGAAUUUGUAUAAGUAUUUCUGAGAUCAUCAUAAGUGGAUGUUUGUAAAGUACUCAUAAACUAUAUAUCUAGUAAAUUCAAAGUUUACCUAAGCCUAACAUCAGAUCACAGAUUGAGAAAUUCAAGCAUAUUUUUGAGUUGGACCAAGUUCAAGAACCAGAUGCCAAUUCGAUUAAUAAGAUUAAUCAGAUGCAAAGAUUUUGUAAAUAAUCUCAACAAUUGUUGAUCAAAUUAUUUGAUUAAGCCAAAGGUUUGAGUGGAAGUAAAAGGUGUUUGAAGGAACUAUUCCAUUCAUUUUUUGGAUAUGGAUUGCAGGAAUUCGAAUAACAAGUAUUGCGACCUUGUCUAGACAAUGAGAAACAACUCAUCUUAACAAAUCCUGAUGCUCAGGAGUUGAAAUCCACUUUGGAUUAUUUAGUAAUUCAAUGAUGUAUCCUAAUUUUAGAAAGACCAAAAUCAAAUAUCUUUGGAUAAAAUUUAAGACUUGAUAUCAACAGAAUAAAGAGACAUGGAAGCAUUUUUAUAAGGCUUUUAAUCGAGAGAAUCCUUGUUGCUCACAAAGUCAAAGGUCGAGAGCAAAUUAAGGGAGUAACAGGAAUAACUAACUAAAGUGAUGAUUGCAAAAGGAGGUAGUUUUGGUAAAACCUAGGAGGAACAACGUUAGAAGAUUGAAUUACAGAUAAUUGAAGUAAGCCUUUAUACUUAUGUAUAUAAGAGUUAAAACGAUGUGGACUCGUACAAAUAUUAUUAUCAAUUGGUAACCCAUGUUUUGACCACGAAAGCCAUUGACAAGUUCAAGAAGGACAAACAUGAAUCAUACAGGAGAAUCAUUAGAGAUUUAGCAUAAUUGGAAAUUGAGAACAAUUAAGUUAUGUAAGAGGUCUGGACCAGAAUUAUUAGUCUGGCCGAGUCACUCAGAGUGAAGGAAUGAUGAG